AUGUAUAGGCAGAUUCUAGCCGAUGAAUCUCAAAGGCAUCUUCAGCGUAUUUUCUGGCGUAGCUUACCGCAAGAUGAUUUAAAGGUCUUCGAACUUUUGACGCUCACACUGGUCGCCGCUCUGCAUUCCGCCAAAAAAAAUGUGGAACGGGAAUCUUCGUAUCCACACUACUCAUCGGUACUAAAUCUUACGGGUAUUGAGUUCCCGAUGACGUUGAGUCAAAUUAAAAAAUUUGAAAAUCUCAACGACAUUACCAUCAACGUUUACGCCAUCGAGGAGGGGAUCGUACCGAUACGACUCGCCGACCAAAAGAGGAGCAAGCACGUAAACCUCUUGUACGUGGAGGAUGACAUCGCGGGACACUUUGCGCUGAUUAAAGACCUGUCACGCCUCGUCAGUUCACAAAUCAACAAAUAUGGCCACAAGAAAUACUUCUGCGGUAGAUGCCUGCAUUACUUUAGCUCAAGCGACAAGUUGGAGACCCACAGCAUGGAUUGCGGGAAAUUAAACGAUUGUGCGAAAAGGCUAUCGAGCGAGGACGACAAAUGGUUCGAGUUCAAGAACCAUUGCAGGAAGGAGCGCGUCCAGUUCGUAGUCUACGCCGAUUUAGAGUGUGCAUUGGAGAAGAUGGAUAAGGAUCCAGCAUCAUCCACGUGCACGUACCAACAUCACAACGUCUUCAGUAUCGGGUAUUACGUACACUGCUCUUAUGACAACUCGCUGUCGGGCUAUCGAUUUCACCGCGAUAAAGACUGGGUAUCGUGGUUCGCGGACGAAUUGAAAAAUUUAGCACAUAGUAUACAGUCAAUAAUUUCGGCUAACAUCCCUAUGUCAGAUUUCACGCGAGACGACUGGGAAAAAUUUAAUAACACCACGCACUGCCACGUAUGCGAGAAACCGUUCGCGAUAGACGAUACGCGAGCACGCGAUCACUGCCAUCUUACCGGGCGAUACAGAGGUCCAGCGCAUUCUAAUUGUAAUUUAAAUUAUAAAGAUUUGCGAUGCAUACCCGUAGUCUUUCAUAAUUUAUCAGGCUACGACGCUCAUUUUAUCAUCAAAGAAAUUGCAACCGCGUACAACGGAAAUAUAGAUUUAUUACCAAUAACUAAAGAAAAAUAUAUUUCAUUCACUAAACACGUUGAUGAUACUAUAGAUGAUAAAAAAAAUUGCAUACAAUUAUGUUUCAUAGAUUCAUACAGAUUUCUCGCUUCAAGUUUAGACAAAUUAUCAUCUUUUCUCAAUAAAGAUAAGCUGCGGGUACUGCGACGCGAAUUUUCCCAUUUAUCGGAAGAAAAUUUUAAUCUUUUAACUCGAAAAGAUGUCUUUCCAUACAAAUAUAUUGAUUGCAGUGAAAAAUUGAAUGAAUCGUGCUUGCCGUCUCGCAAGUCAUUCUAUAGUUCAUUGAUAGACGACACUGUAUCCGAGAGCGAUUAUGCGCACGCUGUCAACGUGUGGCAGCGGUUCUCCAUCCAAACGCUCGGUGAAUAUAGCGACCUGUAUCUAAAAACAGAUGUAUUGUUGUUGGCAGACGUCUUUGAAAAUUUCCGCGAUAGUUGCGUCGCGAGUUACGGGCUCGACCCCGGCUACUAUUACACCUUGCCUGGCUUCACAUGGGAUGCCAUGUUGAAGCAUACAGGUGUAAAAUUUGAAUUGCUUACAGACAUUGACAUGGUCAUGUUUGUCGAGCGCGGUAUACGCGGUGGUCUGAUUGUGAGCCAGUGCUCAAACAGGUACGCGCGAGCCAACAACAAAUACAUGCCGUCGUAUGAUUCAUUGAAACCAUCAUCGUAUUUGAUGUACUAUGAUGUCAACAACCUCUAUGGCUGGGCAAUGUGUCAACCAUUACCAUACGCCGACUUUCGAUGGGUCGACGACGUGCAAAAUUUCAACUUUUCGACCAUCGCGCUAGAUUCACCUACAAGCUAUAUUCUCGAGGUUGACAUUGAGUACCCACAACAUCUUCAUGACGCGCACACUGACCUACCAUUCUGUCCAACGCGCGAGAAACCACCCGGCAAGCGUGAGGAUAAGCUCCUCGCGACGUUAUGCGAUAAGCAGCGUUAUGUGAUUCAUUAUCGCAACCUGCAGCAGUGUACUCGUCACGGCCUACGUAUCGUAAAGAACUAA